AGGAAUUUAGGCCAUCGAAAUGUAUUCUUCUCUCUCUUCUUGUUAUAGUUGUAAUUGAAAUCCCCACCCAGUUUUGGUGGUUUGUUCUUGUCGCUUCUCCCAUCCACUUUGUUUUUCUAUCAUGGCUUCUAUUCAUCGUUAAGCCGUGCCAAUGGAUGCCACAAGAAACCGUGGGAGAGGCAGAUUUUUGGCCUGUUUUCGGCCGCUCACCCUCGACGCCGCCGACUAUGAUCCCGUCUCCGCCCCUCCUUCCGUCCAGUCCUCCCCCGUCCGGAAGAAGAAGCUUCGCCGCAGUUUGUCCGCCGCCCUCAAGGCCGUUAUCUUUCGGACCACACUGCUGAAGAAGUCCCGGAGCGAAAAUAGCAGAGACGAAUACGCGGAUCGCAGAAUCAGCUUCUGGCCCUUUAGAGGCAAAGGCUUCAUAAAAUCGAAGAAGAAGAAGAACGCGUCGCCGCUAGCGCCCGACGGAGGCAUCUGGCCCAGCGCAAACGCUUCGCCGCUAUUCUCAUCGGACGCAAGCCAAACUUCGUCGGUAUCAUCUCUCUCCGGCUCCGCACGCUCCUCACCAGCGCGGUCGGAAGCAGAAAGCGUCCAGGGAUGCGUCUCCGUCGACCAUUUCAGGCAAAUGAACCUGAAUACGAAGCGAAGAGCCGUAAAGAAAUGCAGUUACAACAUGGAAAUAUGUGUGCUUUUGAUGUGCUUGGCUGCAUUGAUUUGGGGGAAAGUUUUUGCGGUGGUGGCUUGCACUUCAGCGUGGUUGUUCAUUGCUCCCGGCGGGAAAGUCGGACGGGCUGAGUCGUACGAGUUAGGCGACUCGGAGGAGUAUAAGAAGCGGGUGAUGAUGGAAGGGCUGUUGGAGAGGGAUCGGUGUAGGGUGUUUCAGUAUUGAAAUUUUUCUGGUGAACAAAUUGAAAAUUGAAAAUUUUCUUUUUGUAUGUAAGAUGUGUUUUCUUUUUGUUUCCAAAAUUAUUGGAUGCUGUCCUUGUUGUGAAGGAAGAGCUAUUAUUAGUUUUUCUUAAUGUUGUUUUGUGAAGGGGCUAAGCAAAGUUUAGCUCGUUUGUAGUUGUAAUGUGUUCUGGAGUUCGAGUAUCAAUAAUUGUACGUGAUAUAAUCUGUAUAAUAAAUGUUUGAUCUCGUCUUCAACCAA